AUGGGAAAACGCCACAAGUCGCGUCAUAGCCACUCAUGGCUUCAAUCGCGCUUCCGUCCUAAAGAGGCUGUGGAGACUGACAAACCACAACGACCCGAGCUUCUCGACGAUUUCUUCUGUCAAAGACUAAGGAACAAGGGUCAAGGGUCAAGGGUCAAGGGUCCAGCGAUGUUGUGCCAACGGCUAUAUCAUUACAUUGUGAAAGCCGAGGAUAGAACUGUUACCCCAGUGACCAACCAACCCUUCAGCUCCGACAGUGAUACUGGUGCCCUCUCAACAUCAUCACUUCUCCAGCAAACGAAACCCAAACGACUGUCCCCAUAUCUUUUGAUUUUGAACUACGGCGCUAGUAGAGGAAACAUCCAAGGUUUGUAUACGAGGAUACCGGGUCCUUUGCUCGGGACUCUUGUUUUGAGAGGGAACAAACAGUCUGGCCUGGAUACCAGCUGGUGCUAUUGA